UAUAGGCAUACGCGGUGCGGUGCUAGGCAAUCCAUCUUGCGUAAUAGUAAAGCGGUUUGCCUAUCUUGAGGCGUUCUAUUCAUUCGUUGCCGGAACAAAUUCGAUAUAACGCUCCAUUCAUUCCUCUUGUUUUUGUGGAAGUAAUAUCUUUCGGUAUAAGAAAUGUUUUUGUGGGUUAAAGCUUGCAGUGCAGUUAUUUUUGGCCGCAGCGUACAUUUACAAAUGUAAAAGUUUUUGUAGCUAUGCUGACGCACAACAAAAACAAGUGGUAAACCAAAAAAAAAUGCCAACUAUUUGUUAACAAACUAACUGGAGCAUUGUCUACAUUUGAACUACCACCUGCUUCUUCAUCUUGCCGUCAUGCCGGUUGAUAUUAAUAGAUUGACAGACGGUUGGCUAGAAUUAGAGAGUGAUCCAGGUCUCUUCACUCUUCUUUUAGAAGAUUUUGGUGUCAAGGGAGUGCAAGUUGAAGAAAUCUAUGACCUUCAAAAAUCUUUAGAAGGACCUGUUUACGGAUUUAUCUUUCUCUUCCGUUGGAUUGAGGAGAGGAGAUCAAGAAGAAAGAUAAUUGAUCAAAGUGAAACUUUCGUCAAAGAUGACGAUGUGGUCAAUAGUAUAUUUUUUGCCCAGCAGAUGGUUCCCAAUAGCUGUGCUACGCAUGCAUUAAUAUCGGUAUUGUUGAAUUGCCCUAACAUACAUCUCGGUGGAACACUGACACGGUUAAAGCAACAUACUUUGGGGAUGUGUCCGGAAAAUAAGGGCUGGGCAAUAGGAAAUACACCAGAGCUAGCUUCUGCUCAUAACUCCCAUGCAAUGCCUCAAGCCAAAAGGAGGAGGGAUAAAUCUAUUGGUGUACCAACUGGACGAUCUACAGGAGAUGCCUUUCAUUUUGUUAGUUACGUUCCAAUCAAUGGAAAACUGUUUGAGCUCGACGGACUUAAACCCUUUCCAAUGGACCAUGGCCCGUGGUCUGAUUCAGAAGAUUGGACAGAAAAGUUCCGUAAGGUCAUUACAGAUAGAUUAGGAAUGUCCACAGGAGAACAAUACCAUGAUAUACGUUUCAAUCUAAUGGCAGUUGUGCCUGACAGAAGACUUGCUCUAACUCAUAAACUGAAAAUGUUAAACACCAACAGACAAAUAGUUUCGGAGGCUCUCCAGCAGGUCACAAAAAUUAAGAAAAAGGGGUUAAAAGACAAAGAAAAUAAAUCUUUGGUAAAAGAUAAAUUGUCUGUAAAAAUUAAGGAGGAAGAGAGCAAUGAUUCUACUUCAGGGGCUGAAGUUACAGAUUCUGACAUUCUCAAUAAUGUAAAAGUUGGAGUGGGAGGGGGAGAUGGUGCUAUCAUCAAAGAGGAAAGCUGUAAAAUGGAAGUUGAUGAGGAAAAGUGUAAGCCACCAAGGGACUACACAACUCCUCUGACUAUCCAAACUUCACUUUCUCCCAGUGUGAGCACAAGUUGUACAUCCAGUACUGAUACAAGUUCAGAAGUGGGAUCAGCAUUUAAUAGUCCAACAACAGGCUGGGGAUGGAACUCUGGUCAAAAUAGCCCAAGUGCAUCAUUAUCACCGUCAGGAAAAGGCCUUGUAUCUCAAAGAUUGAGCUCACUCUCAGUACCUGGUCCUAAACUACUCCCCUCACCUGGCACCUCAAAACCAGUAUCUGAUGAGGCAGGUCAAGAACCUCCAGCCACACAACUAUGUGGCACAACAGUGCCAUACACACCCCAACAGUUCCAGGCACCUCAUGCUUUUGCUCCACAAGAUUUACUUGCUCUUCUCAAAAACCUAGAAGCUGAAAUUAGCGUAUGUCAGGCCAGUUUAAGGGACGAAAAUGAAAAGAGGAAAAAAUACAAGAUUGAUGACAGCCGAAGAAUACACAACUAUGAUGAGUUCAUCUGCACUUUCCUUUCUAUGUUAGCUGAGCAGGGUAAACUGGCAAGUUUGGUUCAGCAACAUCAGCUACACAGCAGUAAAAAAGUGAUGCCCUCCAGGGUAAUGAAGAAGUCUGAGCCCAAAACUCAAACAAUUACCAAGAAAAAGAGAGGGAGAGGGAAGAAAAGAAGAUGAUAUGCAUGGCAUAAGUUUUAUCCACCUUGUAGCUGCUCUGUCAGCUUGUCUUGGUUGCAAGUUUUCAAAGAGUAGCUGAAUGGUGUUUAUGUAAGUGUAACAUUUGGUGGCUGUGAAACAAAGAAUAAAUAUAUCUAUACCGCAAUACAA